CUCCCUGCCCACAGGAGCACCCACCAGGCGAGAGAAGGCAUCAACGUCUACCAAUUCCUCGUUCGGUCGGAGCGCGGCGGCGGCGGCGUCGAGGGAGCCGGGGAAGAUGAGCGGGAACGGCGCGAAGAAGGUGGCGGAUGUGGCCGUCAAGGCCGGCAAGGCGAUCAACUGGGAUGGCAUGGCCAAGAUGCUCGUCUCCGAGGAGGCGCGCAAGGAGUUCGCCACCCUCCGCCGCACCUUCGAGGACGUCAACCACCAGCUCCAGACCAAGUUCUCGCAGGAACCCCAACCUAUUGAUUGGGAGUACUACAGAAAGGGAAUUGGAUCUAAAGUAGUGGAUAUGUACAGAGAGGCUUAUGAAAGCAUCGAGAUCCCCAAGUAUGUCGACACCGUGACUCCCCAGUUCAAGCCAAAGUUUGAUGCUCUGAUUGUUGAACUGAAGGAGGCAGAGCAAGCAUCUCUAAAGGAGUCAGAGAGGAUAGAGAAGGAGAUUGCUGAAAUGAAGGAAAUGAAGAAAAAGAUCAGCACAAUGACAGCGGAUGAGUACUUCGAGAAGCACCCUGAACUCAAGCAGAAGUUCGACGAUGAAAUCCGUAACGACUACUGGGGAUAUUGAAGAGCAUAACAGAACUCUUAUUUGGCCAUUUCCCUGCUGUGAAGAACCAAUAAUUUUUCUGUGCCCUGACAUGUAUAGGGGAAAUCCGCUAUCUCAAAUUUGGUAGUUUCUGGAACAUGUGGACGGGGCUUGUUGAUGUUCCAACAGAACCGACUGUGUCAAGCUUCUUGAGAUUCAAACCAAACACACUUUGUUUGACCUUGUCACAAUCUUGAGGAUUGUCGGUUUUGUCUUACGAAGAUUAUGUUUUGUUCUUAGCUCCUUUUCACUUGAAUAAGAGGGUUUCUGCAGACUUGUCCUUCCA